AAGGCCAUGUAGCUUUUCUUCCUUGCUGUGCUUUGAUCGUUUGGCCUGAUAAUGGAGAUGAAGAAAAAGGGAAGCUGUGUGAGCUUUUUGAAGAAACUGUAGCAAACAGAUAUCUUUUUCACACACACACCACCCCAUCUACAGUCCUCCUUUUUGCUAUUUUACACCCUUUUUUUCUAGUUCGAGAGUUCGUUUCAUCCUUUUUAAAAAAAAAAAAAAAAAUAAUGGAAUCGCUACAGAAGCAAGAGAUGGAAGAUAAAGACGACAGAGAAAACGAUCUGGGCGAGAGAGGCAGUAGCAGCAGCAGCGAUGAAGAAGAUGAAGAAGGUCUUUCUCCUCCACCAUCAGUUGCUCCUUCAAAUUCUCUUCCGCCUCCUCACCCUUCUCCUCCAACCCCAUCAUCGACCCAACUCGUCCAGCAGCUCGUUUACCUCAAAACAGAGCCCGUCGUUGACGACCGUCGGCUCGACUACGUGCCGGUGAAAAGGGCCGGGCCUAUCGUCGGACGGAGGAUUUCGAAAGAUAGGCAUACGAAGGUUGAAGGCCGAGGACGGAGGAUUCGUAUGCCGGCCGUUUGCGCGGCGAGAAUUUUUCAGCUGACUAGAGAGCUGGGCCACAAAUCAGACGGUGAGACUAUACGCUGGCUGCUGGAGCACGCGGAGCCCGCCAUCGUGGCGGCUACCGGUACCGGGACCGUUCCGGCCAUAGCUACGACGGUCGACGGGACUAUCAAAAUUCCGACGCAGACGUCGUCGACGGCGGAGGAAGGUUCUAGGAAGAGAAGGAGACCGGCUGCUAGCAGCUAUCAGCAGGAAAAGGCCUCGGUUUCAACGGGCCUCGCACCGAUCAGGCCCACCGCUCCGGCCCAGAACCUGAUGCCGAUGUGGGCCGUGAGCGGCGGAGGCGGAAUGAUAACUUCCAACCCCAACAUGGCCACGCAGACCUUCUUGAUGCUUCCUCCUUCCGCUAUUGCCGGGCCGUCGAACCAGCCGCAGGUAUGGACUUUUCCGGCUCCCGGAGGGGCGCCACUCGUCAAUCUCUCUCCGCGGCCCAUUUCUACGAUGUUCUCGGCGGUUCCCGGGCUGAAUCUCGCCACCCCAAUUGAAAUUCAGGCCCCUACUGUUGUUUCAACGGCUGUGAUGGGUGCUUCAACGACGGGACGGGCGGGCGGUGGGAAGCAGGAACUGCAGCUGAUGGGUGGUUCGAAAAACCAUCAGCAACAGAACCACAACCCUCCCGCAACCACCAGAUCUUAGCAGGCAGUUGGGUUUUCAUUCAACGGCGGAGAUUGGUUUUCUUUUUCUUUUUCUUUUUUUCUUUUUUUCUCGUUUGAUUUUUUAUGUUUUCACAACUCUGUAAUGGUGGAGGGGUGGGGGAAGGGUGUUGGCACGUGCGCACGUGGGAGUUGAUCGGUGGGGUUUGAUUUUAACUCGUGUUAGUGGGGUCAGGUUAGGCAAAGGGUACGUGAGGUGGGGCCCACUUGUUGGUGGGGAAGGUGGGUGGGUCAACAGCUAAGGCGCGCUCCGUGUACCGUGCAGAGUGGUUUUCUCGUGGGCCAGUCUCUGUCUGACAUGUGAUGGCGGGCGCGGGCCCCAAAGUUUGUGGGGCCCAACCCGCCUUAUUCGCCUCGAUGCUGCCGCGUUGGUGGUCCCCACCUGUUCUUGCUUUCAGAGAGAAGGAAAGUCAGGUGGGCCCCUUUCCAAACACGCCUCUGGCGCUAGCUGGAGAAAAGGGGGACCAGACCGUCAUGGGCGCGACACGUGGCUCGAUGGACGAGGCAGGCGAAUAUGCGGUUAAAAUGGCAUGGAUACCUUUUUUAUUUUUA